AGAUCUGAUAAACCUGCUCAGUCUGAUAAUAACACACCGGAUCUAAAUCUGUACAGAUCUGAGCAUCGGUGUGUUUACUCCUCUCACUGUGUGGAGAAUAACAGAAACCACUCCAGCCUCACUCACUCAUCAGACCGAGUAAAAGACGAGGCGAAGCGAACAGGGCUGCGACUCCUGGAUUCGUCCUGGAUCUUAUUUUCUUCGCCUGGGUGGGAAUCUGUGUUCGGAAAAGUGAGCUUUUAAUUCCAGGGGAAGAAUUUUUCCAGCUCACCCUGGUGGUUAGCCGUUAGCUCGGGUGCUAACACGCAGGCUUCUGUGUUUGGACCGGCUACACUCAGGCGGCUAGCUCGCCUCAGCUAGCGCCUCCAGGAAUGGAGUCCGAAGAUGCGGGAUUCCCAGAUUACUUCCCGGAUUCUGGAUGUACUCGGAUAUACCGCGACUUGCAGGAAUAACCGAGGGACGCGGGAUAUACGUAAACACGACACGACACCAAUGCUGGAGUAAACGCGAGCUAACUCGGCUAGGCUAACGUUAACUGGACCCCCAGAUAGAAAUUCCUAUGCGCACUGUGCUGCGUUAGCUAGCUCCUCAGUUAGCCACCUUGAACCGGACUUCAUAGUUUGCCAGUUUGUGUAUAAUUUAAUACGAACAGACCAGUUAGAACCAAGCAGACGCAAACGUGGGGACGUUUAAACUCAUAUUUUUUGUUUUCUUGAGUUAUUUUUCUACCCGUGUUUACAGGAAUGAGGUGUUUUACAGAUGGGACCCGUUUGUCCCUGUGUUGUACUCUGCUGCUGUCUCUCUUAGUUCACUGCCAGUGGCCUCCUAAUGGAGAAAUCUGUGGUCCGGGCAUCGACAUCGGAAAUGACAUCAGCGAAUUCAAGAAGCUGGAGAACUGCUCGGUGGUGGAGGGCUACCUGCAGAUCCUUCUCAUCGCCAACAAAUACAACAACCAGGAGGUCUUCCGCACCCUCAGCUUCCCCAAGCUGACCAUGAUCACCGACUACCUGCUCCUCUUCCGCGUGGCCGGCCUCGAGAGCCUGAGCACGCUCUUCCCCAACCUGGCUGUGAUCCAGGGCCGCAGCCUGUUCUACAACUACGCCGUGGUCAUCUUCGAGAUGACCAGCCUGAAGGACGUCGGACUCUACAACCUGCGCAACAUCACCCGAGGGGCCAUCCGGAUCGAGAAGAACCCGGAGCUCUGCUACUUGGAUUCCGUCGACUGGUCUCGCGUCAUGGACGCGCACCACAACAACUUCGUCUCCGGGAACAAGCCGCACAAGGAGUGCGGGGACGUCUGUCCGGGGAACAUGGAGGGCUGCCACAAAACCACCGUCAAUAACAACGUGAACUACCACUGCUGGACUUCUACUCACUGCCAGAAAGUGUGUCCGGUUCGUUGUGGGCAGCGGGCGUGUACAGACUCGGGCGAGUGUUGCCACUCUCAGUGCCUGGGCAGCUGCAGCGUUCCCGACAGCGCCACGGCCUGCGCCGCCUGUCAGCACUACUACCACGAGGGUCGCUGCGUGGAGCGCUGCCCGCCGGGCACCUACAAGUUCGAGGGCUGGCGCUGCAUCACCCUGAACCUGUGCUCCACCAUCCACCUGCCCGGCUCCGAUCGGCAUGUCAUUCACAACCGGGAGUGCCUGAUGGAGUGCCCGCCCGGAUUCACCCGCCAGGAGCAGAGCAUGUUCUGCAGCGCCUGUGACGGCUUGUGUGACAAGAUCUGCGAAGCAAAAGUGAUCGACUCUGUGGAUGCUGCACAGAGUCUGAAGGACUGCACCGUGAUCAGCGGAAGCCUGCACAUCAACAUCCGCCACGGCAAUAACAUCGCGUCCGAGCUGGAGAACUUUCUCGGCCUCAUCAAAACGGUGACGGGGUACGUGAGGAUCCGUAACUCUUUUACGCUGGGCUCUCUGUCCUUCCUCAAGAGUUUGAACCACAUCAUGGGAAAGGAGCUCUACGAGGACACGUACGCUUUCUCUCUACUGAAAAACCAGCGGCUUCAGUUCCUGUGGGACUGGUCCCAGCACAACCUGACCAUUCGCUCUGGAAAGCUUUCCUUCCGCGAAAACCCCCAGCUGUGCAUGUCCGAGAUUCGCAAGAUGUGGCUGAAGACGGGCAUCAGGGAGCGGUUCGAGGUUCAGGACUUUCAACAGAACAAUGAACGUGCAAACUGUGAAAGCAAGAUUUUGAAGUUUAUAAGCAACAGCACUGAUAGCAACACGAUCCAGCUGGUGUGGGAACGGUACCAACCGGAGAAUUACACCGGCAUCAUCAGUUUUGAGGUUUACUACAAAGAAGCACCUGUCCGAAACCUGUCUGAAUUCGAUGGGCUGGACGGCUGUGGGACCAACAGCUGGAUGACCGUGGACUCUGACUUGCCGAAGAACACAAGCGAAAACCCUAAAGUCCUUCUGGAGGGCCUCAAACCCUUGACGCAGUACGCUAUAUUUUUAAAGACUGUGACUCUGGUGAUGGGCGACCAGGACGGGCACGUCCCCGGGGCCAAGACCGAGCUGGUCUACAUUUGGACUAAACCUUUAGUGCCGACGCUGCCCGUGGACGUCCACGCCUAUUCAAACUCGUCUACCAUUCUGGUGAUACGAUGGUCUCCUCCGACGUCCCCCAACCAGAAUAACACGUUCUAUUUACUGCGCUGGCAACAGCAACGAGAAGAUAAAGAGCUCUACCUGUAUAACUACUGCUCCAAAGGCCUGAAGACUCCCAUCAGACGCUCCACAUCACUGAGUGACAUCGAGAACAAGAAUCCCACCAGUUCAGACCCGGAGGGACAGGACAAAGCUCCCUGCUGCAACUGUGCGAAGACGAAAUCAGAGCUUAAACAAAACCAGGACGAUAUUUACUACCAGAAAGCUUUCGAGAAUUUCCUCCAUAACUCCAUCUUUCGACCCAGACCCGACAUGCGUCAGCGCAGGGACCUGUUUUCGGUCGCCAACUCCUCCCACCUGCACUCGCUUCUCGGUUCCAUCUCCAGCCUGGCUUUGAGCAACUCGACCCUAGAACCGCCCACGGGAGAGUUUCCCUUCCACGAGAGGCGGCUGAAAGAGAGGAGCGCCGUAAUCAGCGGCCUGCAGCCUUUCACCGUGUACCGCAUCGACCUGCACGCCUGCAGCGAGGAGAUCCUGAAGUGCAGCGCCGCUGCUUUCGCCUUCUCUCGCACCGAACCGGCCGACAAAGCUGAUGACAUCCCCGGCCAAGUGGCUUGGCAAGUUCUGGACGAUUCUGUGUUCCUGAACUGGUCUGAACCGGCGAAACCCAACGGCCUGAUCCUGCUCUACGAGAUCGAGUUCCGACUUGGAAACGAGCUGGAGAAGCACGAGUGUGUGUCCCGCUAUCACUACAGGAAGCACAAAGGUGUAUGGCUGACUAACCUGGGCCCCGGGAACUACUCGACCCGUGUGAGGGCCACCUCGCUGGCUGGGAAAGGUUCCUGGACGGGAACCAUAUCUGUUUACAUCCCACAGCCUGAGCGGUUCGAGAACCUGAUCUUCCUCAUUUUCAUCCCCUUCACCUUGUUAUUGCUGGUCUUCCUGGCAGUCCUUAUGUUCCUGUUCACUAAAAAAAGGUACUCUGAAAGGCUGGGGAAUGGAGUUCUGUACGCCUCCGUCAAUCCCGAGUACUUCAGUGCGACCGAGGUUUACGUCCCUGAUGAGUGGGAGGUGGCGCGGGAGAAGAUCGCCAUGAGCCGGGAGUUGGGCCAGGGCUCCUUCGGCAUGGUGUACGAGGGCAUGGCUAAAGGCGUCAUCAAGGACGAGCCGGACACCAGGGUGGCCAUAAAAACGGUCAACGAAUCGGCCAGCAUGCACGAGCGCAUUGAGUUCCUGAACGAGGCGUCUGUGAUGAAGGAGUUCAACUGUCACCAUGUGGUGCGUCUCCUGGGCGUGGUCUCUCAGGGACAACCUACUCUUGUGAUCAUGGAACUCAUGACUCGGGGCGAUUUGAAGAGUUAUCUACGGACGUUACGAUCCACAGAGAACCCGUCUGGUCUGCCUUUACCGCCGCUGAAGAAAAUGAUUCAGAUGGCUGGACAAAUCGCAGACGGCAUGGCGUACCUCAACGCCAACAAGUUCAUCCACCGAGACCUGGCAGCCAGGAACUGCAUGGUGACCGAAGACUUCACGGUUAAAAUCGGAGAUUUUGGCAUGACACGGGACAUUUAUGAGACGGAUUACUACAGAAAGGGUGGGAAGGGUCUGCUGCCGGUGCGCUGGAUGUCUCCUGAAUCCCUCAAAGAUGGAGUCUUCACCACCAUGUCUGACGUCUGGUCGUUUGGUGUGGUGUUAUGGGAGAUCGCCACCCUGGCGGAGCAGCCGUAUCGGGGCAUGUCUAACGAGCAGGUCCUGCGCUUCGUCAUGGAGGGGGGGCUGCUGGACAAACCCAACAACUGUCCCGAUAUGCUGUUCGAGCUGAUGCGCAUGUGCUGGCAGUACAACCCGAAAAUGCGCCCCUCCUUCCUGGAGAUCAUCAGCAGCAUCAAAGAUGACCUGGAGCCAGCCUUCAGGGAGGUGAGCUUUUUCUACAGCGAGGACAACAAGCCUCCCGACACCGAGGAGCUGGACCUGGAGAACCUGGGCACCAUGGAAAACGUUCCUCUGGAGCCCUGCGCUAUGGUGCCCUCGCCCUCGAGCGUCCCCUCGUCCUCGUCCCCGGCCUCGGACACGGACAGACGCUGCUCCAACGGGCCGGUGCUGUUACUGCGCAGCCCGUUCAACGACGCGCAGCCGUACGCGCACAUGAACGGCGGGAGGAAGAACGAACGCACGUUGCCUUUACCCCAGUCGUCGGCGUGCUGAUGCUCGCCUCUUUAACCUCUCCAGGGGUCAUGUUGAGCCCGGGCUGGUCGCCCUGCACUCCACAAAGCCCAAAUUGAAAUCUGUCUAACCGCAGAAUGCCAAGAAUGAAAAGUUUGGGGUGAGACAGGGCGUAAAGCAUCGAUGCUCUUAAUCUCCGACUGUACCUCAGUGAUACGUUGGACUGAUAGAUGAGACGAACCUCAGCACCAUCGCUGUACAAGCACGGGAAACAGAACUGACCCAAAACUUCCGGAGAGCUGAACUGCUUUUAUACUGUUUUUGUUACUUUUAUACAUUUCCAAAAAGGGAAGUCCUGAAUCGGCCCGUACGCCGAAACGAACCGAGCAUAUCCGACAGAGAGGCACUUUAUGUUUCAGGUGUCCAAAGACAUGCUGUAGAGUGCCUCAUCAUGGUACCUUUUUUUUUUUUUUUUAAGAGAACACCAGAGGGUCUCUGCGCCCCUCAUAAGCCUGGUCUGUGCUUCACGCCCUCAUAAGCCCGGUCUGUCCUUCACGCCCCCAUAAGCCUGGUCUGUGCUUCCCGCUGCCCAUAAGCCUGGUCUGUGCUUCCCGCUGCCCAUAAGCCUGGUCUGUUCUUUGCGCCCUCCUAAGCCUGGCCUGUGCUUUGCCCCCCAUAAGCCUGGCCUGUGCUUUGCGCCCUCC